UCUCCCACAUCUCUUUAUCAAAAAAAUAGUCCUCCAAUGGCGGCCAUGAUCCGCCACUUCAGAUCUUCAUCUUCCAAUUCCAUUGCCCAAAUCAGUAGGUCUUUAUCUACAUCAGCAGAGAAAUUGAAAUCCCAAAAUUACCCCCAUAACUCAAUUCCUACUAACAUUGAACCCAAGGGUAAAAAUGUCCAGUGGGUGUUUUUAGGUUGUCCUGGUGUUGGAAAAGGUACAUAUGCUAGCCGUCUUUCUACACUUCUUGGUGUACCUCAUAUCGCUACUGGUGAUCUUGUAAGGGAUGAAUUGAAAUCUCAAGGUCCUUUAUCCAAACAACUUGCAGAGAUUGUCAACCAAGGAAAAUUGGUUUCAGAUGAGAUAAUACUGAAUUUACUCUCAAAGAGGCUCGAGAAUGGGGAAGCUAAGGGUGAAGCUGGAUUCAUACUUGACGGAUUCCCUAGAACUGUGAGACAAGCAGAAAUAUUGACUGAGGUGACAGACAUAGAUUUGGUGGUUAAUCUCAAGCUUCCAGAAAAGGUAUUGGUUGAGAAAUGCCUUGGCCGAAGGAUUUGCAGUGAAUGUGGAAAGAACUUCAACGUAGCAUCUAUAGAUAUCGCAGGUGAAAAUGGAGCUCCUAGUAUCAGCAUGGCUCCACUUAAUCCUCCCUCGCAGUGUAUAUCAAAGUUAAUCACUCGAGCGGAUGAUACAGAAGAUAUUGUUAAGGAAAGACUUAAGAUAUACUGGGAUAAGAGUCAGCCUGUUGAGGACUUCUACAAGAGUCAAGGAAAGUUACUGGAGUUUGAUUUGCCUGGAGGCAUCCCAGAAUCAUGGCCUAAGUUGUUGGAAGUUCUCAACCUUGAUGAGCAGGAAUAUAAACUGUCUGCUGCAGCUUAGUAUCUAUUAGCUGUUUCGCAUGUGUGUGCGUGCUUAACAAUUUUGCAGAAAAGAACAUAUUCAUUGUUAUUUUUAUUUUUCCCCUUAAUUUAAGUCAAAUAACAAACCUCUCGAGUGUACUUGAAGCCGUAAAACUACGGUGGCUGCCUUUGUUGAAUUUCAAAUUUGGUCAAUGAAGAGGUCUGUUGUACCAUAGUUUCAGAAAGAGAUAAUGACGAGAUUAUUUUUAUAUCCUGUAAUAAGGUUAUAGUAAUGACACAAUUUGUUAUAUUUUUUUUUUUCUAUAAAUGACAUAAUCUGAUAUAAACAACUGAUAUGGUUUUAUUUUGA